UCCGAAGUCGAGCAAAAGCGAAGCCCUCGAGCCAAAGCCUCCAACAUGACCGAAGCCCUCGUCCUCGCCGCCUCAGCGCAUUUGACGCGCCAUGAAGACGUUUGAGGUGCCGCGAAGCCGUCGCGGCGCCGUCGCGGAGGGCGCUGUGAUUGGAAGAACGCAUGUAAAAGGGGGUAAGUGCGGGGUCGUGCCCGUCACGGCGAUCCGGUCGGAUGAGAGGUCCGGGCGCUUCCGGCACUUUGUUAUGUCUUUUCCGAAGCGUCCAGAGUUGGAUAGCUUCUUGUUACUACUAGUAAGGUCAUUAAGCAGUUGACGGAAGUCUUUCCAUUCAGAGGGCAGUUCAGCUGACCGACCCGACCGUGCUCAUGCAUGAACGUGGGCCGCACCCAGCGUGCACGCGAGAAGAAAAAGGAUGAGAAGCGGAAGGGCAAGAAGACCAAAGAGGCGCCAGCGCCGGUCAGACAGGCUGGGUGGAGGACGUGGGGCAAAGGCAUCCUCAUGCUGCUGGCUGCAGCCGUGCUGCAGGCGUUGGUGGGCUUGGCGAUGCUACAGAGCAAGGGAGAGGCCGAGAGCACAGAGGAUUUCCUGGUCACAGGUGGCGUGGCAGGUCCGUUGGCAGUUUUCGCGGACCCAGAUGCGCCUUGUGUGGUGGAGACCCAAGAUUCAGGCGGCCGGAUUUCCGUGCUGGACCCGGGCGACCUUGCAGUACUGGUCAUCUCCAGUGGCCGCAAGGUUUGGCUCUUGCGGGCGACGCUCCAAUCACUGUCCCGUGUCGAUGGUUUACGACCCGGCAACGUCUUGGUCUCCUUGGGGUCUUGGAGCUCCCAGGCGGCAGUCCAGGAGUUCGGCUUCCCCUGCGCUGGUUUCGAGACUACACAGAAAGGUGGCGAGAAGAAAUGCAUGCCCAUCUUUCAGGAGGCAGCGGUUCCCAAUGUGCACUUGAACCGGUCCCUCCACUUGGCGCUCACACACUUUCGAGGUAAAGGUCUUCGAUCUUUGGUUGUGCUGGAGGAGGGGCAGAUUUUCUCUUUGGAUCUUCUUUGGUUCUUUGUGCAGCUGCUGCCGGUGAUCCGUCGGGACAGCAGCAUUUUAUGCGCCAGCGCAUGGAAUGAGAAUGGCUUGGCGCCGGGCAAGCUCAGCGUUUGAGCUCCAUGGACUCGGUGUGAAAGUUCAGAGUCUUAGAGCUUAGUCGAACCAAUGGCCUGCAAUGGUGUUUGGUCUAACUCUGCAGGGCUCCCAAGCUCAUAGUUUUGAGCCAUGAGGAUUGCUUGACGCUGAUCCAAG